GUAACCACAUCCAUUAAACGCAUAUCCAAACUUUCUGUAACUACCAAGCUAAUCAAAAAUCUAAAUGUAAUUGCAUCCACUACAGGGGAAUAUGUUUCUUCAUAAUCAAUACCUGGUUUCUGCAGGAAACCUUGUGCAACAAGUCUUGCUUUAUAUCUCACAAUUUCAUUUUUCUCAUUACGUUUUCGUACAAAUACCCACUUGUAUCCAACAGGCGACACACCUUCUGGUGUUUGGACUACAGGUCCAAAUACUUCACGUUUUGCUAGUGAGUUCAAUUCUGCAUGAAUUGCUUCCUUCCACAUUGGCCAAUCAUUUCUACGUCGACAUUCUUCGACGGAUUGUGGUUCAAUAUCAUCAUUACUUCUGGUACCUGUUCCUCUUCAGGGGGUAACUCUUCAGGAGAUUCCUCUUCAAGAGGUUCCUCUUCAGGGGAUUUCUUUCCAGGAGAAUUUUGUACAGAAAGUUUGGAUGGAUCAAUUUCCGUUGCCUGUUUUGUGGGUAAGGCCUCUUCAGGAGCGCCGAUUUCAUUUCCUUGUGCUUUUCUCUUCCGGGGAAUCUUAUCCUUUGCACCAAUAGGUCUUCCACGCUUCAGGCGUGCCUUAGACUCAUUUGCUGCUGUAUUAGUUAAUUGUCCUACAGGGACUUCUAUCUUUGUUGGAGUAUUAGCAGCUGGAAUGUGAGACUUAAUUAUUUUCUUAUUGUCAGUAAAUGCAUCCGGCAAUUGAUUUGCAAUACUCUGCAAAUGAAUGAUCCUCUGAACUUCUAGUUCACACUGAUUUGUACGAGGAUCAAAAUGAGAUAACGUCGAAUUAUUCCAA